UAACUUGUUUUAUAAUGUAAUGAUUUUAGGUUCGAUACACCGGUUACAGAGACAGACCGCACGAAGAACGCCAAAGUCGAUUUCAAAUCGGAUGCCGUGAAGGUCAUGUAGACAUUGCGUUCACCGCGACUGGAACCAAUUUGCAAUUGAUGUUUACUCCAAACAUGCCAAUUCCUUCAUACCAUCAAUCUGCCAAUGGCACUUGUAAUUUCGAAAAAGAACGAGGAAUGGUUCACAUACUGUCGCAUUUCAUAAUGAAUGGAGUGUGCGUCCGGUGGAAAGGGCGCAUCGACUUGGACAAAUUGGACGGCAUCGGUUGUCUGGAGUUCGACGAGGAACGAGCAAUGAUCGAGAAUAGGAUGUUGCAGGAGCAAAUCGAAAGAUACAACGACCGUAUAAGAGAAUACCAGGACAAACCUCGUGCUUACAGAAACCAAGAGCGUGGGGUUACUGAUUCGGACUUAGACGUGAAAAGAAGAUUGAACUAUUAGAUCAUUACCUACAUGUUACACAUACAGAUAUAACUCGUGGGCGUUUGUACACAAUAUAUACCCAUCUAUAUUAUAAUAUUGUAGUGUGUUUGUAUUAUGUAUUUAUAUGUGUGUGAAGUACU